CAGUAAUUGCGCUCCCUCACUACGUCUUCCUUCCUUGACCGACUCAUACCCGCGCCCUCAAACACUCUUUUCGUCCGAUAUACUCUCUUUUGGUCACCUUUCGAGCCCCCUCAUGGGUCUUUGCUUCGAGCUAUCGUUUCGUUUUCCGGGUCAAGAACGGCAAUUAAACGGUUGAUCUCCUCUCCCUCCUUGCGCAGAAUCGGCUCCCGGACGGGCGGAGGAUCAAUCUCAAGGCUCUUAUCACAUAUUAGAAAUCCCUCAUGGCAGAGCAAAACAUCUCAAAAUGACAAACAUCACCCUUGAAGACCUUUUGGUCAUGGAGGCGAAUUGCGACCGCGACGAGAGCGUCGACCUGCGCUCACUGGACUACGUUUCCAGCUACGAUGACCAUCUUAUGUGUCCGAUAUGCCACUGCCCCUUCAUACACCCAGUCCGGCUGAAGUGCGAUCAUGUAUUCUGCCAGAAAUGCCUUGUAUCGGCCAUCACGACCUUCACAGCAUCACGAGACGACUUUACGUGUCCUGCCUGCCGCACACCCACCGGCGGAGUUUACCUCAAACUCCCCCGCCUCCUGGUCAACAUGUGCGACGAGAUUCGAGUAAGGUGCCCAUUUCGGAGCGAAGGGUGUGAGGAAGUGGCUCCAAGAGUGUUCAUUCAGACUCAUGUCGACAAGUACUGCGGGUAUAGAGCGAUGGACUGUCCGCUGGGCUCAUGUGGGUUGAAGACACGGAAGAAGGACCUCGACCCGGAGGGGAGAUGCUUGCAUGAACUCCACCAAUGCGCGCGCUGCGAGGGUAAUGUCAUGGAGCAAGACUAUAAGGAACACGUUGACGAAUUAUGCCCCAAUCUCCAAACCACCUGCCCAGACUGCCAUACCACGAUCCUACGCAAAGAACUCAAACAACAUGCAAACUCUUGCCUUGAAUCCAUUCACAGCUGUGCCGCCUCGAAAUACGGCUGUCCCAUUCAACUCAAGCGCGCCGACCUAGCCACGCACGAGCAAACCUGCCCUUUGAUCUCCAUGGGCCCGUACUUUGACGCUCAGAAUGCGCGCCUCGACUCGCUCGAACUCACCAUUCGCCAUCUCAAACAACGGAACGAGAUCUUCGAGGACGCUUUAGCGAACAUCCGAACCACCCUGGCCCAGUCGCCGAUAGCUUCUGCUGGCCCGGAUGAUCGCGCAACGACUUCUACUCCAACCCGCCGCAAUAACAACGACCCAACAUCUCCCAACAGCCAGUCCCAGAUCGAUAGUUCCAACCAAUACACCGCCACCACGACAAACUAUCUUCUCUCCUUACACGAGUCCCUCCGCGAGGAAGUAGGACAGCUAUCCCACGCCAUCACGGAUCUCGACGCCCGCGCCAGCAUGGCGAUCAUGAGCGAAUGCCUCCGCAUCAAGGAGGACAUGGCCCACACCAACGCCGCGGUGAGCAGUAUACGCAUGCAGGUGCAAUGGCUUAUGAACCCUCGACUCCACCAACACCAAAGCUCACAACGGACCGGGGGCGUCCGCACUGGUACCACCCCCGGUGGUCAUACUCCCACGGCUGCUGCCGGGCCCAGCACCUCCGCCAUCCCGCUUCGUCCGCGUAGGCUUAGCGAUAGUGGACGCGAGGGGACGAAAUUGUAGACCCUAGUGUUCCACAGUCAUCACUACACUUCUUCGGUUCUGCUUUCCUACGACUGCUAGGUAUGUCAACAUAGUCAACCACUAUGCGACACCUGCGAUGAGGGAGAUUCACAAUGUCUUUAGCGAGAUAGUCAUUUCGGUUUCGAUUUUCUGUUCUUAUACACAGGCAGCGCUGGACUUUUUUUAAAUCGGCGCGAGUAGAAGGCAGGCGCAUCCUCGAUUUUCCUUUCCUUGAUUUCAUCUUUAUCCUGUGGGCUGCAUGUGUGGCUAUCUCUUUCCCUCCCAUGACUAUUGUACUGUACUCGUUAUGAGUACAGUGAGUGUAUAUAGAAGCUUCGGCGCCUUUGAUCAAUUUAAUGCAAUAUCACCAGUCUCUAGCAUUAC